AUGCACCACGUUGGUGGCUUGAAUGAACCCGUCAGGGAUGCUCUCGUUGCCGGUGCUGUCUACGACUUUGUCGUCAAUGUAACAGACAAGGGUUCCACAAAAGUCAUUGACCUGAGCGCCGAAGACCAGGAUUCAGACAACAAUAAUUCUGACCUUUCAGAUCCCAAGAGUGGUGGUCAAGAGACAGUUAUGGGCGACUUGGAAGGUGAUACUACUUAUGUGAUUGCUACCCUGCCCAAUGCAGACAAUAGCGAGGACAAUGAUGACCUUCAGGUAGAUGACUUCAACAAGUCGGAACAGUGUGAGUACUACAUGUGUGUCUUCCAGGACAGCCUGCGAUGUGAGCAGAUGGGCGAGGAGUCCAUGGACUCUAUCUGGCCUUGGUUCCUAGCAUUUUUCAAGCUCAAGAAGAAAGGUGCCACCCAGAAACCAAAUGAUAAGAUCCCUCUGAAAGGUCUGAAGCCCAAUCGUUAUCUCUACCCAUACCAAGCAUAUGCGGCCUAUUGGAUGCUGUGCAAUGAACGCACUGAUUGUCAUGGUGGCUUUCUCUGCGACGAACCAGGAAUGGGGAAGACACUAACAAUGGUUAGGGUUAGGGUUAGCUAUGAAAUUCGAAGCAGACCCCCAGAUGAACUUCGUUCGACUUUUGACAUGACCGGAAUUUUAUGGGAGUGUUCGGAAUGCAGGCUCUGGAUUUUCGACUCCCCGUCACAGCAUGCAUUUCAUUCUGGUGGCUAUGGCUAG